UUUAAAUUGUGCCGGACGUAUACAUUUAAAUAUAUUUUAUAAAAUGAAAGGGAAUCGUUUAGUGAUAAGCAAACCCGUGUGUAUCGAAUGAUAACGUGUGUAAAUACCAGAUAAAGCAAACGGACGGAAUGGUUGCAAGUAAUUGAUGUAGUUUGGAAAAGUUAUUACGCCGUGAGAUCCUGACUAUUCGUUUUAAUCCCAAACGGUGAUUCACAAGUAAAUAUUUUACUACUACUUGACUAAAUGCAGGAAAAUCACAUUAAAAGUGAAACAAACGGUGAUUUUAUGAACCGAGAUACAAAACAACAAAGCCUUUUUUAUUGAGAUUUUAAUGAUAAGAAAAAAUGUUUAUUUAAAAGCUAUUGAAAAAGUGCAUAGAAAAGUGACGGAUAAAAGUAAAGAUUCUUAUUGAAAAGUAACACUGGACUGUUAAAAAUGGAGGUCUCAACGGCGAAAGUGAUAUCGAUAGUAGCUUUAGGGCUCGGAAGUUUUAUCACGGGCAUGGCACCCGCUUGCAUAUCCCAAAGCUCUAGAGAAAGGCAUCCCUUACUCAUUUCUUGCCUUCUUUGCUUCGGUGGCGGCGUUUUACUAUCCACCUCACUAACACACAUGCUGCCGGAAGCCAGAGAAAAGCUACCGGAAUACACUGAAGUUUUACUAUGUAUUGGAUUCUUUCUCGUGUACGUUGUGGAUGAAAUAGUUCAUUUCUUCUACGGGGUUAGUCAGCAUCCCUUUCAACGUCACGAAAGGGUUCAAAGGUCUUAUGGUACCGUGGAACAGACUUUGCUAGAGCGAAGGGACAAUGAUAGCGAGAUGAGGGAGAGAUGCUGUGGGGACACGGGGAACCCGAGGAUGUGUCAUGUCAGUCAUACCGAGCCGUGUAACAAAAGCUCGUCCGGAGUUAUAGGGUUGCUGUGCGCAUUAUUCGUGCAUAGUCUUUUGGAGGGCCUGGCGAUAGGAUUGCAAGAGUCUGCUUCUCAGGUCCUGCUUCUGUUAGGAGCAGUGGCAAGCCACAAGUACGUGGUUGGCUUCUGCCUGGGCGCAGAGCUAUGUGCGAGUUCUCCUGGACGGCUAUGUGCGCACAUCAUAUGCGUGUCGCUCUUCAGUGGAGGGUCUGUGGCGGGUAUAGCGAUUGGCGCCGCCAUUGAAAACGUUAACUCCUUGAAGGACUCCAUCGCUGUGCCAAUAAUGCAGGCGCUCGCAGCGGGUACGCUUCUCUACGUCACCGUAAGCGAAGUAUUACCGCGCGAGCGAGCGCGCUGGCACGAGCGGAAGCGGGGAGCGGGAAUGGCGCAGUUCGUGGCUGUGGCACUGGGCUUCGCUGUUAUGUAUUUAUUGACUAUGUAUCUAGAUCACGAUGCUGCGUGAAAGCAACGCAGGUAUUAUAUUGUUAUAAUAAUUGUUAUACUUUAAUAUUUGUAAGAUAUUUUUACGACGUUAGGAAAUUCCCUAAGAAUAAAUUUGUGAACCCAAACAUUUAUUAUUAGGACUACCUAUUCUGUUUA